CAGCGCAGGGCCAGGGACCGGCUGGGCGCGGCGCCUUUAUCUGCAUGAUAUAAUUAUGCAAUUUGCGGGUGAUGCAAUCUACGGUGUAGUACACAUGUACCAUGGAGGAAGGUAAUCUUCAAAGCUAGCCUAGGCUUCACCAGCGCUUUGUUUCAGCCGGCCUCCGUGUGGCAUGUGUGCUUUCUUAGCACGUCGAUUCGAUAGUCUCAACGUGGAACUUCACUGGAAGGUUAUUCUAUAUUUUAUUUCAUAGGCCUACAUGUAUAGGCCUGUUUAUGAUCAGUGCCAAGGUUUCCCCAAAAUGGCUCACGUUCACCACGUUCAAAUCUUGGUCCAAAAUGGCACCAAGUAUCUGCAGAAGUUCACGCAAAAUGCCAACUUCCAGCUGUUUGCCUCACGUAAGAGCGCCAACCUCAGGCAGUGGGCUGUAAGGAGUGGGUCGAUUGUGUUCAUCAUCACCGACAAAGUCAAAAGAGAUGCUCUGAUGGGAGAUUCCUCAGCAGUGAGAGAUAGCAACGCACACCUGAAAAGUAAGCGUCGAAAAACUGAAGUGAGAUGUCAACCAGUUCCGGAAACGUUGGAGCCGGUUCACUUGCAGGCCUUACCAGAUCAUUGUUUUCUGGAACCGUCUGAAUUUUCAAAAUUGUACAACUUACCCUGUGGUACAGAUUGUCAAUCAAGGCAACACAGAGACACAGUUUUCAAUAUUGCAUUUGAAGUGAGGGAUGUCGGAGAAGCGUUGACCAGAGCUGCUACCAAUGGAGCAAAGAUACUGUGUCAGACUGCAGUUGUUAGCGACACAACGAACAACGGGCACGUGACCAUCGCUGCUGUUCAAUCCUGUGUCGGCAAUGUUGUCCACACGUUAGUCGACAGCUCUCACUACCACGGCGUGUUUCUGCCUGGGUUUGUUUCGACCAGGGAUCAUUCAGUAGAGAGUAGAUCUGACAUACCGCUCGCAAAUGGAGAACUCCCAGCAUGCCUUACAAGCCACAUUGAUCACGUGACCUUUGCCUGUCCAGUCGGUUCAUCCUCAGAAGUUCUCGGGUGGUACGAGAGAUGUUUUGGAAUGAAGCGAUUUCUUCUUACAAGUGAAGAAAGCGAAUCUGAAGGCUUCAUUGUUCGUGGCAAAAAUGUGGGACUCCGCCUGAAAGCCAUGGAGUACUGGCACUGUGCAGAAACCGGCCUGACGCUGCCAGCCAAACAGGAAAAGGAGGACGCCAGUUGGCCACGCCCACCCAUUGCCAAGUUUGUCAUUGCAGAGGCAUUGCCACACCAAGGCCCCAACCAAGUGGAGAGAUUCCUGCAGGAACAUGGGGGCGCCGGUAUCCAGCACAUCGGUCUCCACACACACGAUAUCCUCCAGGCAGUCAGCACUCUGCGCAAGGCCGGUCUCAAUUUCAUUGAUCCACCCCCAGCCUACUACACACAGGUUGGUAAACUGACUGAAAUCUCUCGCAUCCGAGAUGACCUAGGCCUCCUCCAGAGACUGGGUAUCCUCCUGGAUGAGGAGACAUGUCACGGUGACAGCGAUGACAAAGAAGGAAACCAAGAUGGGGACAAGAUGCAUCUUAGAAAAACUCGGAGCAAGUACCUGAUGCAAACGUUCACCAAGCCCAUCUUUGAACAGGACACAUUCUUUCUAGAGAUCAUCCAAAGACACGGUGCAACGGGAUUUGGAGCGGGCAACAUCAGGGCAUUGUGGAGGGCAGUGCAGUCUUACAUGUCUUUGACGACCUUUGACCCUUGUGUUGAGCAGAGGUUAUGCUCAGAUCACUUUGGGAGGAAAUUGGAUCCUUCCGUUGUUACUCUUAUCAAGGUCCACUGAAGAAAUUUAUUCUUGGCACAGUACGGUAGUGAUUUCUGGAUAUAAUUCGUCGGUAUUACCAUGAAGUGACGUAUCGUGGAGAAAGUCUUUGGAUGGCAUCUCACUUUGUGGUGCACCAAAACUAUCCGAUACAUCACUUCCUGGUGAAACUGACAAAUUUAUUUUUGAUCUUUUUCCUGUGUUAGUCACAUUUUUUGAAAGAGGAUAUCAUUGGAGUAUUUGUAACUUACCUCAAGCUCAAACUAUGGAUCAAAGAAUUGAAGGUUUGAAGCUGCGAUUUGAUAUGAGACAAUUUUCUCUACCAACCUCAUGUUUUGAUACGCACAUAAUGUUUGUACGUGUACAUUCCCCAGUUGAAAAGUGUGCUAUUCUUGGUUUUUUUCGGGUGGGGUGGUUUAGGGCAGUACAGGGAGUAACAGGCGGGGUGGUUUAGGGCAGUGCAGGGAGUAACAGGCUGGGUGGUUUAGGGCAGUGCAGGGAGUAACAGGCUGGGUGGUUUAGGGCAGUACAGGGAGUAACAGGCAGGGUGGUUUAGGGCAGUACAGGG